AAACUCAUCAGCAUUUUCAUACAACGUUCUUUAGAUCGAGUAGUAGCUCAGCUUCUUGCUAAACCAGUUAAAGAAAUAGAGUACGAGAAGUAAGAGUCUGCUACCAUAUAUCAUGGGGCGUUGGGUGAAGAUUGUGAUGAUGCCCUGUGGAGAAUUCUUGGGGAGAGAAUGGAAUUUACAGGACGCAGUCAUAGCGACUGUCCUUUCAUCUAUGCACUUUCUUUGUUUAUUUGCACCCUUUUAUUUCACUUGGGGUGCAUUUUGGUUGGCCUUUGGACUCCAUAUGUUAACGGGUUUAGGAGUGACUCUGUCUUUCCAUAGAAAUCUUGCACACAAAAGUUUCAGGCUUCCGAAAUGGCUCGAGUACUUGUUUGCCUACAUUGCAGUUCUGUCACUUCAGGGUAGUCCGAUAGAAUGGGUGAGCUCACACCGUUACCACCACCAGUAUACCGAUACUCAGAAAGAUGUUCAUAGCCCCAUUCAAGGUUUUUGGUAUAGUCACAUUGGGUGGAUCAUCGAUAGCAGUUCUCGGUUUGGAAAGUAUGGAGGACUAAAGAACGUCCAAGAUCUGAAAAAGCAGGCCUUCUAUAGGUUUCUUCAUCAUACGUAUGUUAUACAUGCAGUUGUUCUACCUGGAAGUUUAUUAUAUGCCUUUGGCGGCCUUCCCUUCUUGGUUUGGGGACUGGGAGUUAGGAUAGUAAGUGUUUUGCACGGAACUUUGCUGGUAAAUUCGGCUGGCCACAUGUGGGGGAAACAAGCAUUCAACACCGGUGAUUUGUCCAGGAACAAUUGGUGGUUGGCAAUGGUUGCACUUGGAGAAGGGUGGCACAACAAUCACCAUGCCUUUGACUACUCAGCUCGACAAGGUUUGGAAUGGUGGCAGAUUGACUUAACUUGGUACGUCAUCAAAAUUCUCCAAGCAAUUGGAUGGGCAACAGAUGUGAAAACUCCAACUGAGUCCCAGAAGCAAAGAAAGGUGUUCAAUGGUGAAAUGGUGGCAACAGAUGUCAAAGCUAGCUCCAAUUAAUGGCUAGUUUGGUAUUGUAAUGUUUUUUUUUUUUUUUUAAGGGCUUAUGAAUCUAUGAUGUGGUGUGAAAAUAAAUGAUUCUAAAAUUAAGUUGUUGAGUAUUUGGUAAACCUUUUUCUUUUUUA